AUGGCCUAUUCGCCAUUCCUUCUGGAAGAUCCUGUAUGGCUGUCCGGGUAUCCGACGCCCCAUUUAUGGGUGAGAAGUGGAUUAAGGCCUACUGUACCUAGGAAAGUUCGUCAUAGACCAUUUUACCCAUUUCCGGGUAUCCGAUGCACCAUUUAUGGUGAGAAGUGGAUUAAGGCUUGGUGUGGUGCAUGCAAGAUCAAUCAAACUACCCAUGAUUGCGACAACAGAUGCACCGCAACAGGCCUUAAUCCACUUCUCACCCAUAAAUGGUGCAUCGGAUACCCAGAAAGGGACGAAAAUUCCCAGGCAUGGUGUAUUCUCACAGGAAAUCAAUUUCCUGGUCAUGGGAUGUUGCUGCUUGGCCUUAUGUCUGGACCGCUCCACCUGAAACUCAACUGUAUUGUUUUGGGCAAUAAUCCUCGCCGUAUUUUCCCGGUCGACAUUGAGUGGACGGAGAUUGUUGGUGACCUCAAAGAGGUCAUCAAAGACAAGAAAAGGCCGGAGUUUGACCAUGUUGCCACUGACCGUCUUGAGUUAUGGAAGGUCGACCUGCCUAUCGACGAGAUGAUUGAGCACAAUCUCAACAAUCUUACACUUGACCCAACGAAAUCCCUAUCACCUGUGGAUGAAAUGGUAGAGAUUUUUCCCGAUGCUCCUCCGCGGAAGUAUCUGCAUAUUAUUAUCCAAUGCCCACCUGCCGUGUCUUCCGGACCGCUCCACCUGAAACUUAACUGCAUAGUCUUUGGCGAUGAUCCUCGCCAUAUUUUCCCAGUCAACGUUGAGCGGACGAAGACUGUCGGUGACCUCAAAAAUGUUAUCAAGGUCGCCAAGAAGCCAGAGUUUGACCAUGUUGCCGCCAACCGUCUUGAGCUAUGGAAGGUCAAGAUCAAUUGGAACGAUAUAGACUUACGGAACGCGAUCCUGGACGGAGGCGUCGAGCUGCACCCGUUAACCGAGCUGUCCGAUGUGUUUGCGGAUGGAAUAGAGCGCGGAUGUAUUCAUAUUGUCAUACAACAUCCCGCCAUUGCAAGACACAUUCCAGCUGUUGAUCGGCGAAUCGCUUAUCUCAAGAAGGGCGUGGGUAGUCCGUCGGCCGGAGUAAAACCAUCCGCAUUCUCUAUGAAGCAGGACCAGCAAGAGUACCUUUGUAAUCGUCCUCACAGAGCCGCAGACCCUGUUCCCAUUACUCUUCUCGAGCCUAUCUUCGCUGAGUUCGUGGAUGAUUGUCAAAAUCGUCAACCAACCGUCCGUGAUAACAACGUUGUUUUGCAACUUUCGGAAAAGAUGGCUGCCUUCUAUCCCACUGAGCUCGCGCGGAUGAAUACAUUCCGGCAAGUGCUCCGGGACUACGGCAUUAUACUCAAUGCUUCUAUGGUUGGCUUGACCGGAUGUACAAUGGACAGACAUCUUUUGUCUACCAACAGACAGUUUGUGUUGAUGAUAAUUGAGGGGAAGAACGAGAUUGGAUGUGGCGCUGCCAAACCAUUUAUGGAGGCGAUGUUGUACUACCGCAAGUUUAUGGAAGACUCGAAGGUUGAGAUAGCGAGGCUCCGGUCUUUCAUUCCAUGCAUCCAUAUAAUUGUCUUCGGGGCAUGCAUCGGCUUUUCAGGCUCUGUUUUCAAUGAAAAAGUCCAGUCCGAUGUCCUGGUCCCUAUCAUUCCUCUGUUUUGGCAUUCAACAGACCUCCACAUGCAGGUGAUGGCAGCUCGUACUUUCGGGGCUCUCAAAAUUGCCGUUGAGAAACUUACAAAUCUAUACUCCCGUCCAAUCCCAUCCCUCGCACCCGAGGAUCCAUAUCUUAAAUGGAUUGACUUAUCGUCUUGGGGGAAACCGUCGGCGAUGUGGCUGGGAGCAAGAUAUGCAUCAAGUUUGUCAGGCACUAUUCCCCUCAGGCUCACGAAUUCUGUGCCAGCAAGGGGAACUCCCCCAAACUUAUCGCCUACAAUUCUCUACCCGGCGGCUGGAAUCUGUGAGAUAAGUGUUUUGGACCGUCAGCCGCUGAAGGAGACCAUAACCUCUCUCAUCCGGGAGUUACACAAUCACAAUGACGGCUACGUUCAUGGCGACCUACGAGAUACCAAUUUCCUUGUCCAAGAUGACAAACACUUCAUGCUGCUCGAUUUCGAUUGGGCCGGACCUAUCCAGAAGACGCAUUAUCCUAUGUAUGUCAAUCAGAAGGAUAUUCGACGGUUUGACGGAUCUUCCGGAAGCAAUGGUAGCUCGGUCCUCCGCGGAGGCAAUGAUAAAAUGAUCACAGAGUGGACAAUGACGGACUCAGGUAUCCCAACCAGUAAUCUGCACUGGCUGCUCAGAGAUCAAGACACGGGUGCCCAGUCAUAUUCACAUCGGAAGGAUCUGGAUCUGGAUGUUUUGAUGCGAACCCAUGGAGACUCCAUUCCAGCAUUACAACAUUGGUAUUACAUUCUGAGCCCACAUAUGAUCAAACCCGUGUCUGCAUCCAUUCCUUGUGCAUUCCGGAACCAUGCAGAGGAAAGUGCGAUCACAAUCAUUAGUUUCACGCAUCCGGUCUACCUUCUGAGACCCCAGAUUGGGCGCCCAGGUGCAGAAUUCUGCCACUCUAUGCCAGCCAGUAGGACAUUUCAGGAUAAAGACAGCAGAUCCAGCUCAUGGGCCCGGUCCCAGGGAGUGCAUCACGUGUAUUUGUCUGGAAUCAUUGGGCCCAUCCAUCUCCUGUGCCCAGGAUACAUUUUCUGGGCCCAUUUGAGAUGGUUAUGGGUCGAGAAUAUUUCGUCCCGGCAAGCGAGACGGAUGGGCCCAACCAAUUAUCUCGCGCGCAGGGCUGAAGAGAUGAAGGUCCUGUCGGAAUCAUUAGCUGGGCCCAUCUGUGAGGAAAUAAGGUCAAAUGAGCCAGGCUACGACAUGAUUGGAGAUGCAGAUCGAUGGGCCCACCCAAAGAUAUUCGAAACCGCAUCCAAGGCGAAAUAG